CCCCCUGACGCACAUCAGUCCGGAGAAGUUUAGAGGAGAGUCCAGCGGUAUUCUCUUAUCUUACACAGCAGGGUAAGAGGAUACUGAACUAUGGAGCUUAUCAGAGAUAGACUCAGAUUUGUUUUAUAGAGUUUCACUCGGUUAAGGAGAACCGCAGCUUUUGGGAAUAUUUUUCUAACGUGUUUUUUUUUAUUUGCAUCAUCUACUCUCGAAAAUGUCUUCGUUUGGAGUUUGGAUUAACGCAAUGUGGAUUUUACUUUUUGUCAUUUUUGACGUGGCUCUAUCAAGCUAUUCUGAAGACCAGUGCAGCUGGAGAGGAAGUGGUCUGUCCCAGCAGCAGGGCAGUGUGGAGCAGAUCUCCCUUCACUGCUCAGAAGGCACCCUUGACUGGCUGUAUCCCAAAGGAGCCCUGCGACUCUCCCUCUCCCCCCGUCUGCCCUCAGUGGCAGUGGGUCCUGGCGGGAGCAGCCCAGGUCUUAUCACUGCUUGUGUUAAGCCCUCAGAGCAGUUCCAUGGAGCCCAGCUCUACCUGGAGAGAGACGGGGUCCUGGAGCUCCUAGUGGGGGACCGCCUGAAGUCCUCAUCCCCACCAAGGGUCCGCUGUUUCAGCCGUCUGCCAGGAGAGAAGGUGGCUCUGUUCCUGCAGGCUACUCCUCAUCAGGACAUCAGCAGGAGGAUUGCUUCCUUCAGAUAUGAGCUGAGGGGUGACUGGAACGCUCAGCUGUCACUGGACACCAACCGCAUCAGUAGUGAAGAUGCCUGCAGACCCUGCAACAACACUGAGAUUCUGAUGGCUGUUUGCACUAGUGACUUUGUCGUACGAGGUAACAUCCGAUCAGUGGUGGAAGAUGACAACCUUCGAGCUUCAGUGAUCAAAGUCAGCGCCACCAGAGUGUUUCGUCAAAAGUACGCCCUCUUCACAGGAAACAGUCGCCUGAGCAGAAAGGGCGAAGUCCGGACUCUGAUGCAAUGUGGCGUCAAACCUGGGCCCGGCAGCUUCCUCUUCACAGGCCGGGUCCACUUUGGAGAAGCCUGGUUAGGCUGCGCUCCACGCUACAAGGACUUCCAGAAAGCAUAUAUGAUGGCCAAAGCAGCGCAGCAGAUCCCCUGUGAACUGCCUGUAGACUGAGUCAAACACUCUGCAGCAGCUUGUCUACCACUCAAAGUCACGGCCAGACUCAAGUUAAGGCCCAACUCAGCCCUGUCGCAUGUUUCGGAAGACACUAGUGUCCAUCUGUUGGGUGGUGUAUCCAGGUGACACCAUGGUGAUUGUCUCCCCAAAGGACUGAGGAGUGAAAUGGACAUUUCCCAAUACCAUUUCAGUGCAAUAUGCAGGCGCUGGGUCAGAGAGAAGCAGGUGGAGAUGUGACAUGAAGCCGAGACUGUAUGCAUUUGGCGUUGGACAGUUAAUACACAGUGAUGCCAUUUGGAGGAAAUCUUCUCAAAGCUCUCAAUUUGGAAUAAAUUAAGUGGAGCCAUUAGGUCAGGCUUAUUAGGAGCUCAGGAAAUGUAAGAACAGUUCUACAGAAAGAUUACUGCAUAUUGGUUUGCAUCCAAGAGAGGUUACUCUUUAGGCACCUUCUGUCCAGAAAUGUCAGAUUAAGCCGUAAACUCUGACCUGGGGUCAUUGGCAGUGUUACUGUCCUAAAAGAGAUUUAAAAAAUAGUCCUCUAAAAGAUAAAUGUUAAAAAGAAUAUAUUUGCACUGAUGAAGGAAAGGGAAAAAAACUGUUAACUGUGAUGCUGCAAGCACUGAAAACCAAAUAAAAAGCAACUAUAUGUAGCAUAGCAGAAGGAUUGAGAAUUUAAUAUAUGUACAGAUGAAGGAACACAUACAGUAGUGACACAAAGUUAAGGGCGGCCUGAGAAGCUAACACAGCUCAACCUGGUGCUGAGAGCACUUUUACACUCUAGCCAACUCUGAGAUUUUUACUCUGUAAGGAGAUGCCUGCAUUAAAAAAAUGCCUGUUUCAUAUAAAAGAUAAAGGAUUUUUAUCAACAUCAUGCUUAGUAUCAAUGCAAUAUUUCUACAACUUUUUCAUAUUCAACUACAUUUUAUUUUAAUGAGAAUUAUUUAAAACAUGUAUUGGGGUGGAUUUGCAGCAGUGUUGCCAAAGCAGUUGUAAGUGUUGUUAAGUCAUUCACUGCUCUUUGAUGAUGUUUUCAUAAAACCAAGAAGCUAUUUUAUGAUGUCAUGUCAGACACACCUGUUUGAAAUCUGCAAUAUUCAUAAAACAAAUGACAAUAGCCUUUCAUACAGGUGAACUCCAGUGUUAUCAUACAACAUGACACACAGUUCUGUCGGGAAACGAACAGUGUCAUUGGACAAGGCUAGCUCAAAAGAAACAACAUAUGCAUUAAAUGUAUAAAAUUCUGUUUUGUAUAAAUUACUUCAUAUCUGAUGUGCACUAUAUCAACAAGUGGAAGGGGUUCAUACCAAAUUACCGUGAUGUGCUGAAGCUGUAUGUCUAAGAUGCGAACACUGCCAUUUUGCUGUUUAUUGUUUUGAUGUAAAUGAUGUCUAUGUGAAUGUAAAUAUGUUCAUAAGAAAUUCUAGAAAGAACGAUGUAAAAAAAACAGUCUGUCAGUAUUGUGGAUUAUUUUUAUGUUUGUAUGUGGUAUUAAAACAUACUGUAAGAAAAA